AUGGCGUCAUCGCAAGAUGCGUGGUACCUGUCGUUGCUAGGGCUAGCAGAAAACUUCCGGACGUCAAAUCGCAUCAAGAUGUGUAUCCAGUGCCUACAGGCCGUUUUCAGUUUCAAACCUCCGCCGAGGGUCGAAGCCCGGACCCAUCUGCAGCUGGGCAACAUACUUCUGCAGUACACGAAAAACACGGACCUGGCUCGGACUCACCUCGAACAAGCGUGGUUGCUGUCGCAGUCUAUCAACGCGUUUGACGACGUCAAAUUCGAGGCAGCCAGUGUCGUGGCUGAACUGUACCAGCAACAGAACCAAUCGAAUCUGGCCAAGCCAAUUCUGAGGAAAGCCGUUGAACUAUCGCAGCACAACAUCUACUGGCACUGUAGACUUAUAUUUCAAUUAGCCCAAAUACAUGCUGUAGAAAAAGAUUACGAAUUGGCCAGCAGCCUUCUUGGUGUGGGCGUUGAUUACGCUCACAUAUCGUCGGCAGCUUAUACCCGAGUACUUUUUCUACUCAGUAGGUGCAUGUUACUGCUUAUUGACAAAAAAAUCACAGAAGUUUCUCCGUUGUUAACCCAAGCGGGAUAUUUAGUUGAUAAUUGGCAAGCCAGUCAGUAUCAGAAAGAAUAUCUAAAAGUCUUCUUUUUAGUUUUACAAGUAUGUCAUUAUUUAAUGGCUGGGCAAGUAAAGAGUGUCAAACCAUGUUUAAAACAGUUACAACAAAGUAUUCUGACAAUCAUGCAGCCUACUUGGCCCUCCGAUGAAGUUGUUUGUGGAUCUAACAUGGGUGAUAUGUUCAUAUGGAUGCCCAAAGAACAAUUAUAUGUUGUAGUUUAUUUAGUUACUGUAAUGCAUAGUAUGCAAGCAGGGUACAUGGACAAAGCGCAAAAGUACACUGAUAAAGCUUUGGCACAGAUUGAAAAACUAAAAGCCGGUGACAAUAAAACCCCAAUAUUGUCAGUCUUCCAGUUAAUGUUACUCGAAAACAUGGUUAUGUGUAGACUAGUAACUGGAAAUAAAUCACAGGCAUUACGUGAGAUGUCUCAAGUAUGUAGUAUUUGUCAAAGACACCCAAGGCUUUUAAAUUCUCACCGUCCUCAACUCCAUAUGCUCAUUGGCCUAUAUGCUAUGAGUAUGAAUUGUAUGGACGCUGCUGAAAUGCAAUUUACUACUUCUUUAAGGUUGUCACAAGAACGUGAGUUGUGGACAUUUGCAAACCUCAAUUUAGCUAUUGUUUACUUAAGAGGUAAAAGAGAUGUAGAACUUAAUGCUCUUUUAGACCGUAUAAACCCAGAAACUCUAACUUCGCACUCGCACAGUCUUAGAGCUGCUGCAUACUAUGUUCAAGGUUUGCAAUCAUUUUUCCAAGCCCGUUACAAUGAAGCAAAGAGAUACUUAAGAGAAACAUUAAAAAUGGCUAAUGCAGAAGAUUUAAACCGUCUGACAAGUUGUUCCUUAGUGUUGCUUGGUCAUAUAUUUUUAUCAUUAGGCAAUAGUAGAGAAAGUAUGAACAUGGUCACCCCUGCUAUGCAGUUAGCUAGUAAAAUUCCUGAUGUCCAUGUACAGCUAUGGGCAUCAGCUAUUCUUAAAGAUUUAUAUAGGAUGUGCAAUGAUCCUGUUAGAGAAAAUGAAGCACUGCAAAUGCACUCUAACUUUUCACAAACAUUACUUAAAGACCAUUUUCAAUCGUCCGAAAUGCCCGAACACGCUCUUAUAUCGUGGACAGACGGACAAUUUCCAAUUCAACUGAAACCAUUUGUGUCACCACCUCAACAACAUCAUCUCCAUUUACAGCAACAACAACAACUACAUAUGCAGCAACAAAUGCACCUACAACAACAAAGCUUACACAUGCAACAACAACACAUGCAAUUACAGUCUAAACAACAACAAAACCCCGCAGCACUUGGACUUCCUUCUUAG